AUUCACUUCCCAUUCUCGCGUCGAAGCUCCACCACCCCACCAUGCUGUCCCGCAUCUCGACGUUCGCCGCCAAGAAGCAGGCCCGCUCCUUCGCGGCCAAGGCCAGCGCCUUCAACUACCAGGACCCGCUGAACCUCGACAGCUGCCUCACGGACGAGGAGCGCCUCAUUCGCGACUCGGCCAACGCCUACUGCCAGCAGGAGCUCAUGCCCCGCAUCGUCAAGGCCAACCGCGACGGCACGUUUGACAAGAAGAUCAUGAAGGAAAUGGGCGAGCUCGGUCUCCUCGGCCCGACGAUCAAGGGCUACGACUGCGCCGGCGUCGGCUACGUGUCGUACGGCCUCAUCGCGAACGCAGUCGAGCGCGUCGACUCGGCGUACCGCUCGGCCAUGAGCGUGCAGUCGUCGCUCGUCAUGUGGCCCAUCUACAAGUUUGGUUCGGAGGAGCAGAAGAAGAAGUACCUUCCGCAGUUGGCGGCCGGUGACCUCAUUGGCUGCUUUGGCCUCACGGAGCCCAACCACGGGUCGGACCCGAGCUCGAUGGAGACGCGCGCGCGCCUCGACGGUGACCACUACAUCCUGAACGGUGCCAAGAACUGGAUCACCAACUCGCCGAUCGCGGACGUCAUGGUCAUCUGGGCCAAGGACGACCACGGUGACAUCCGCGGCUUCAUCGUCGACCGCGACACGCCCGGUAUCUCGACCCCGUACAUUGAGGGCAAGGCCACGCUCCUCGCCUCGGCCACGGGCAUGAUUUUCUUGGAGGACGUCAAGAUCCCCAAGGCCAAUAUGCUCCCGCACGUCAAGGGCCUCAAGGGUCCGUUCACGUGCCUCAACAGCGCGCGCUACGGCAUUGCCUGGGGCUCGCUCGGUGCGGCCACGUCGUGCUAUGAGAUCGCGCGCCAGUACACGCUCGACCGCAGCCAGUUUGGUGCGCCGCUCGCGGCCAACCAGCUGAUCCAGAAGAAGCUCGCGGACAUGCUCACGGAGAUCAACCUCGGCCUCUUUGCGUGCCUGCAGGUCGGCCGCCUCCAGGACGCGGGUCCGGUCUCGCCCGAGAUCAUCUCAAUCGUCAAGCGCAACUCGUGCGGCAAGUCACUCGACAUUGCCCGCACGGCGCGCGAUAUGCUCGGCGGCAACGGCGUCUCGGACGAGUACCACGUCGUCCGCCACUCGAUGAACCUCGAGGCCGUCAACACGUACGAAGGCACGCACGAUGUGCACGCGCUCAUCCUUGGCCGCGCCAUCACGGGCAUCCCGGCUUUUGUCCCGCGCAUGUCCCCUUAAACACCCUCGCUGCGAGAUAGAAUAUAACAACUGCGUCCUAAUACACUUCAUGUCGCUGUGUACCUCAG